AUGGACGACCAAGGUACUUCUGGCAUCUCGCAUGCAGGGGCCGGCGAGAUGUUAGGCUUGCAUUCCUCGAACGCAGGGGCGGGCGAGACAUGUAAGGGAAGUCCCUCGUUGGUGCAAGAUGUCCAACAUGGUCAAGAACAGGCUGCAUCCGACAACAAGGAACAGGGCGAUGAAUCAAAGUUAAAUGGAAGACUUACAGUAGGAGAAAAUGACAAAAAGGUCAAAGAGACAGAAACUAAGGAAAGCAAGUCCAGUAUUCCUAACGACAUGCCACCGCCUCCAUAUCUAUUCACAAGAAAGAAGCGGAUGAGACAAGAAAAGAGUUUUGAGUGGAUGAUGAAUGUGAUUAGAAAGGUGAAUGUAGACAUCUCAUUGGUGGAUCUUUUCCCCAAUUUCCCGAAAUUUUCAAAGUUCUUCAAAGACAUGAUGGCGAACAAGGAGAAACUUCAGGAGGAGGGGAUUGUGGCAUUGAGCAUGAAUUGCUCACAUUUGAUAUCAGGAAUCAUACCAUGUGAAAUUGGUAACACGAUUUUCACAAAGUGUUUAUUGGACCAAGGUUCACGGAUCUCACUGAUGGCAUUGAAAACUGCUCGUGCCAUUGGUUUGGAGAAAAGAAUGAAGCCUAUCGACAUCACUCUACAAUUGGCUGAUCACUCCAUAGUGAAGUCCACUGGAAUUGUUGAGGAUGUCUUGCUUAAAAUCGAUAAGUUCAUCAUUCCCAUUGAUUUUAUUGGGCUCGACAUGCCCGAAGAUAAAGAAGUGCCAAUUUUGUUUGGUAGACCAUUUCUUGCAAUGAGAUAUGUAUUGCUUGGAGCAAAGGAUAACUCUGUUACAUUCAGAAUUAAUGUUGAGCAACUGACCAUCAAUGUUGAGAAGGCGAUGAAACAUCCUACUGAUGCAAAUGCAUGUUUUCGAGUUGAUGUCUUAGACAAAUGCAUCUUUGAUAAGUCGUGCUAUUCUGCUAGAAUUGAAGGAAGUGUGUUUGAAAAGGGAAGUCUAGAAAGAGACUGUGGCUCCACGUUUAAGAUGAGUAUUGAUGACAUGGAUGGAGAACAAGUUGAUCAAUCGAGCUCUGAGAAACUAGUUAUGAUUGACACAUGUGUUACAGAUUUGAGACCAUCUAUUGAAGUGCCUCCCAAGCUAGAGUUGAAACCACUCCCAAACAAUGUCAAGUACGCAUUCUAG